AUGGCCGACUCGUUCCCCCAACCGCUCUCGUUGCCGAAGCCUCACUCGGGUCCGACCUCAGUGACCAAUGUCACCGUCCAGCCUCUCCCGCUGGCUGCCAUACUCGAUCACCAUCUGCGUCGGCCUGACCAUCAGGACCGAGUCUUUGGCACAUUACUUGGUGUGAGGAAUACUGAGACCGGGGAAGUUGAGGUUCGCAGCAGUUUUGGUGUUCCAUACGCUGCUACCGGGCGAGAUGUUGCUGUCGAUUCUGAUCAUCAUCGGACAUUGCUUGAGUUGCACCAUCGUGUCAGCCCCAAGGAAGUUGUCGUGGGAUGGUAUGCUACAUCACCGAUACUCAACUCAUUCUCCUCCCUGAUUCAAGACUUCUAUAAUCUCGAGGCAGUUCCUUUACCAGCAAUCCACUUGACACUCGAUCCAGUCACGUUGACCUUCAAGACUUUUGUUUCCUCGCCGAUCGGUCUGACGACUCUGCAAACGUUGAAUCUACUGUUCAAGCCGAUCCCAUGCUCGCUGUCGAUCCCUACUGCCGAACGAACGACGAUGGAGCUUCUCACAAAACCGAUCCUGGGUGCCACCACUUCCAACCAAACCAUCGAAAGCGAUCUCAAAAUCCAGCAAUCGAAGAUCAUGGCUCAUCUCAAGGAACCUCUCAAAACCGAUCUCCCCAUGCAUCAUCUCCAUCAUCUGCUCACCAAGCUUAAAAACAUGCUCGACCAAGUAUUCGAAUACGUCCAGAAAGUCAAUAAGGGAGAAAUCAAAGGCAAUAACCAGGUUGGAAGGCUUUUACUCGACACCAUAGGCUCCUUACCGCUCGGCCUGCUACGAUCUCAAAGUGGAUCGGCCACCAAAGGUGGUGAUGCCCAUUCCCAAUUCGAGGAUGAUUUCCAAUCGCACAUUGCAGAUGUAUUGAUGGUAUCGUAUGUGGCGGCUUUAGUUAGGGACCAAGUAGAGAUUUCAUCGAGAUUGAACUUGCUCGUAUCUUGA